UUUGACAUAAAUCUAAUGCUUGUUACCGAAGAAGAACAUAAAACAUUCCCAGCAAAUCGUCAAUCGUGCUUCAGUGUUUACAAUCAUUUGAAAUAUUUUGAAGAAAUCCAAAAUUGGCUAAACAGAAUAAUUCAAAAAAUGGACGAGGACAAUCAUUCCAUUGAUUCACCAGCACAAAGUAAUCCUGGAACUCCUCUUCCAAGUAAUCCAGGUACACCACGCAAUGACAAAAAUGAUGAUAUUGCUCUUGUUUCUUCUACAUCCUGUUAUCCUAUGCCUCAAAGUAGUUCAGGAUCAUCGCGACAACAGCCGAAACCCAAAUAUUCUCAGCUAUUAGCAAUCAUUGAAGAACUUGGAAAAGACAUUCGCCCUACAUAUGCUGGCAGUCGAAGCUCAGCUGAAAGACUAAAACGUGGUAUAGUACAUGCUCGUAUUCUUGUAAGAGAAUGCUUAAUGGAGACCGAGAGAAAUGCUAGAACAUGAAUCUCAUGUAGUGUUUUUUCAUCAAAUAAAAUUAUUCAUAUGUCUGUCAUCAAGUUACAAGUUUAUUAGAGAUAAUAUUAAACAGAUAAUAAUGAUUUAAAUGAAAUAUUUUUGCUGAAAAUAUUCAAUCAGAACAGGAAGAUAAAAGUGUAAAUUGUGAAUAUUUUCAGCUCAUUUAUCAAAUGUACUGUCUUAUAGUUUCUCAUUUUAAGAAACGGAACUAGUAAUUUUAAAAUCUAUGUAAUUUUUUUUAACUAAUGACAGCAGUUUUCAUUUUGUAUAAAAAUGUUUGAUUGAAAAUGGCCAUUAUAAGUUGAGAAAGGUUUUAAUAACAUGUUUUUACAUUAUAUUUGACUCACAUUGCACUGUAAAGUUACUGCAUAUUGGUUGAUGUUACACAAAUGGAAAUGUAGUUUUUUUUAUUUGUCUUAACAAAAGGAAAUAUAAAAUUAAAGUAAUUCUUAUAUAUAGUAUAGAAUAUGUAACUAUUGCUCUUGCAUUUACAACAAGUUAUUAAUUUCUCUGUGCAUAAAUUCUGUAUUUUACUCGUUAUCAAUACAAAUCAAUAUUUAUAAAUAAUUUAAGUUGUAUUAAAAUUUCUUUACUAAUAUAGUAGAAUUCCAACUAUUCAGAUUAAAUGGGACCAGGUCCAAUUCAGAUUAUCAAAUAUUUGGAUAUUUGAUCAUAAAAGGUUAUUUCUUAGAAAAAAAAAUGAAAUUAGCUUGUAAUAUAUUAAUUUUUUGACUCUAAAAACUGUAUUCAAAUUUUGCAUACUUACAUACUGUAUAAAGUAUUAUAGUCUGUGUAUUUUCUGUAGGCGGUUCAAGGUCACAUUUGCUAUCAGACAACCAAUAACAAGGUAGAAAAUGUGACCUUGAAUUGCCUACAGAAAAUACACAGACUAUAGUGUUUGGACAUGUGUAUUGAUUUUUUUGUCACCCACUUUUACUUGAUAAAAUUUUAUUUGAAGAUUUCUUUUUCCUUUUGAAGGUGAUCUGAAUAACUGAACUUCAAAUAAUAGAAGUUGCAAUGUGUAACAAUAAAACAAAUCUCUAAUGUCAUCAUAUUGUAUAAAUUCAAUUUUGUUUGUAUGCCAUUUGUAUGUUAAUUAUGAACCAAAAAUAUUAUCAUUAUCAUUGCUCUAAAAAUUUAUAUUUAUUUAAUGUAAUAUUUAAUAUGAAAUUAUCAUUUUUGAUAUUUUAAAGUUAUAUCUGAAAUUGUUAACUUAUUGUAGGUUUUUUUUAGAUAACCAUAUUUCAUAUUUAUGAAUGAUAGAUGUAAGAAAUGAUAACAUAUUUUAUAAGCAUGUAAAGUAAUUUCAAGUGCUAAUAGAUGAGGGCCAAGAAAAGAUUUUCUAAGUCCAUCCAAACUAUGUUUUAUUAUUAUUCUCUUCUGUAUCUAUUUAUUAUUGAUGUUCAGGUACUAUUUUUUUGAUCUUGUUCAAGCAUUCUGAAAUUUAAUAAUACUUUUAUUUAAUAUUUUCACAAAUGAAAUGGUCUUAUUUGUCUCUUAUGAUAAGUAUUAAAGAAUUUUAUUGUUAAAAUAUUUUUCUGUUGUGCAAUUAGAAAGUAAAUUUUACAUAGAAAAUAGUAUGAAAAUUAAAUUGUUCUUAUUAAACACUUUUAUUUAUAAUUUCGUAUAAAAUAAAGAUUAUUCCUCAAUAGAGAGUGGUUCAGCAUUGUAUUUAAUUUUUUUUAAAAAUUGGAUAUAAUAAUUUAGUAUUGUGAGAUAAAAAGAUCCUUAUUUUGUUAUACAUAAUUAUCAGAUACCUUUAAUUUUUUUAGACAUAAAUAUUAUUAAAGAAAAUAUUUUUCUCUAUUGUAAAUCUUUUUGAAAUCAUGCUUGCAUUUUAAUUAUCA